UAAAGAGUGCACAACAGAUAUGGACUCCGACACGUGGAACGCGUACCACAUCGUUAGCAACAGGGCGCGCUCUGUGUGCUACGCUGCCCGCCAGCAGCUCUUCCGGCGUCGCGCCGAGCACACGGUCAACACUCUGAUCUCCACAGCAGCCAGCCAGCUGGAUGCAAUGAAGGAGCUGAAGGAAGGGCAGCAGGAGCUGAGAGAACUAAAUGCAGACUCCGUGGACAAGCUGCUUGCGGGGCACAGUGCCCUGCAGACCCAGCAGGGAAAACUGUUUGAGGGAGCUCAUGGAUAGUUCACUGAAGGCCAAUUUGGAGCACCUGGGCCAGGAGAAGGCCCUCAUUGCCUCUGGACAGCAGCUGGUAGGAGAGCUCAUUCAGGACAUCACAAAGAAAAUGGAAAAUGUGAGUGAGCAUCUACAGAUCCACAGCUCGGAGGUGCAGGACAGCCACAGCGCCAUCGUCAAAGACCUCGCUGACGUCCGACACCAAGCUCAGGACAUCUACCAGAGAAUUGACCACAGCAUGUCCGAGUUCCUGCAGUACCAAGACCAGACCAUGCAGUACUGUGCUGACCUGAUGAGGAAGCUGGAGCGCAUGAACAGCACGCUGGGAGUUGCGUUACUGUCAGAGCCCUAUCUAUAUCGCGGACAAGAUGGCAGCUCCCUCUCUAGUAGGGGCGGAGCCCUCAUCAUGUCCAGCAAGUAUGAAGAAUCUAUGAUGAAAUAUGUGGGCGUGACAGCUGUUCGAAGUGAAACGGCGGGCUCUGAAACGCGCACCAAAGUUUGA